CUUUCUGUUGCAAGGUCUUCGCCUAUUUUACGAUCGCCAUCCUUUCCUCUCUCGUGACACGUAUAUCCACGUAAAACGGUUAAAUGCGAUCCAACGAAAUUACAAUCGGAAUGGCUGAAGGAAGGCAAUUUCGGCGAUCUCGUAUCAAGGUUCCCGCGAUACAUACGUUGUAGGCUUUUCGUCUAUCUUGCGUGACGUGAAGGAAUAUCUUCGACGUUUGGUUCGAAGCUAAUCUAAAAACGAUGGCGAUGCUACCGGUGUAACGAUCACGGAUUUUCUUUUCGGUUUCCCCGAUUUACCGGCCGUUAUAUCCUCUCCCUGAACGAUUUCAUCUUAUAUCCACCGGGAUUAGAGAACCUCUGUCCCUGACCGUUUCAUUACUCAUCCUACACGUUCCCUGGAAACUCUACGUGUUCGUUCUGUUUGUCGCCCGUUUUCUCUCUCUCCCUCUCUCUUUCCCCGACCCGUAUCAUCACUCGUCGUUCGUUCUCCCUUUCUUUCGUCCUCCUUUUUUUCUUUCCCGUUUUUCUCUUCUCUCUUUCUCUCGCUCUUUUUUUUCCUUUCCUUUUCUUUUCUUUUUUUUCUUUUUUUUUUUUUUUAUAUUCCACGGUUUCUUUUCCUCUCUCCGACUUUUCCGCGUCACUCUCUUUCUCUCGGUCGCGCCGACAGUUCGCAAUAUUGUAAUGCGAGGCACAAUGUGAUGCACCCGAAGAGAUACGAUAAAGAGUGGGAGUGCAUCGAGCUUAGAGAAAGAUUAAAAAAGGGAGUAAUAUGUCUUGCGGGAUAUUUCGCGAAUAACGAAGCGAGAGGACUGUAUACACGAGAUAUUUCUUAAGUGAAAUUAAUUGAUCGAUUCGUUGCGCAAACGAUCCUUCCUCGCAGUUUAAUGGCUAUUAUGGAUAUUAAAUCGACCGUUAUCUUAACGGUCUGAAAAUUGAAAAAUUGGCAUCACGGAAAUAUAAAUAUGCUUUUUUUAAUACGCACUUUCCGCGCACGGUCCAAACAAAAAACGUUAAAUUAAAAGUAAUUCGGCAUAAAUUGAUUCGAUAUGAAAUUUAUAAAGACAUAUGAAUUGAUAGAUUGAUCGUACAAUUGUAAUUCUUUGAAUAAUUAUGUACGUCACAAUUUCGAGAUUCGUUCUACAGUAAUUGCUUAUAUUUAUAAAAUUCAAAUUUAUAUAUAUAUAUAUAUCUGUUAAUAAUCCGUUGAAGGAUUUCCUUUUUCUUUUUGCCCCGUUUAAAUGAAUAAAUUAAACGAAGAUUAAUAUUAAAUUAAACAGCGAAAGAUCCUUCAAGAAAUUGUUUCCCUGUGAUUCGAGACUCGAAACACUCGAAAGUUGUUCGCAGGAAGGAAGUUUCUUGAAUAAAUCAAAAUUUCCGCCAAGAGACAAACAGAGGAGAAAGAAGAAUAAAAAGCAUGCAAACGGACAAAUCCUUUAAACUUGAUUUAAUAAACCUCUCGACAGGGACGGACGAAAGAAAGAUGAAAGAAUAAAGGAAAUGAGCAAAAGGAAGCUAUGGGAUAAUAUUAUUCCUUUCCGAUUGUCCCCAACGUUUUCUAACGACGUCCAACAAUAACAACGUUAUACCGUCUUUGCAACCGAUGACAAUAACGAUUCGGGUAUCCGAACGGGCAUACACCCUGAAUUACAGAGUGCGGUUUCCGCUCUUGUUUCCUCGUUGCCGUUAUCGUUUGCCCCAACGGUCUUCGUUCCCGUAACGUAAGAAUCGUUCCAACCACAUUGCCCGAGUUUAGACAUGGUUUACAACAAGCAACGAUAUAAUGAUGAACGAAGAAGAAGAAGAAAAAGAAGAAGAAGAAAAAGAAGAAGAGGCGUUCCAUCGAUUUCUUAUUUUUACUUACGCCAAAGAGAUAGCUCAUCCUGUAAAUGGAUCAAGUGCACGGAACGUUUCCUUCGAUCCAACUAGUAUCGAUAAAAGUUCGACACUAGUUGGAAAGUUUGGGUUGCGCUUUCUAUGCUGCGCUCGAGGCGCAUCCCUUUGAGAUUUGUUUCGUUUUCUGAUUAGAGUCUGGCGCACAGGCGAAAGUAGCCACUUUAAAAGGACGAAAUCGGAUCGAUGUAUCGGAGGAAAAAGGGGAGGGAACGCGACGGAUAACGAAGUUUUUCGAGGACGACGUCGAACGCGAUCCCGGUGCUUAAUAAACCAUCGAAAGCACGGAAAGUUGGCGGAUCUCUCGAGGAAUCUCGUCGUCGUCGUCGUCGUCCCUCUUUGUCCGUAUUCGAACAGGUUUAGAAAGGAGCAAAGGGACUGUAUGGAAUACGUAAACUCAUCCGGGGGAAAAUUUCUGGAUUCGUGAUCGUGUCAAGGAAAAAUGUUGGCGCAGUGAAGAAUGCUCGAACUUGGCGGAAAUAAAUUAGGAGAGGAAGGAGUUGGUCAAGUGGUGAAAAAGGAAACGGGGAGUUUAAAAAAGCAGGGAGAGCGUGGAAGCGAAUACGGACGGAUGGUUUGCUCGCAAUGGGCCCGGCAAAAUUUGCCAAGCGGCCAGGAGAAAAUCGCGAUGAUUAUACGGGUCGCGCGGCGCGAUGCGACGCGAUGCGCGAGAGAAAUGAGAGAAGGGGGAGGGGGAGAAGAGGGGAAGAAAGGAAGAGGGAAAAAAUAUUCCAUAAAGCGUAAUGGAGGGCUCGCAAAUAUUUAUCUUUGGGUAGGUCGGGAGCUGCGGGAGAAGCGCAAAGAGCCAUGCGAAAACGUUCCAAGCCGGAUGGCUCUUGUCGCGGCACAGAAACGUGGAAAGUUCUCCUGACACGAUUAUGGCGCUCGGUGACCAGAAAUAAUUUCAUUAGUCGCCCCGUAAACUCAUCUACCAGUUCGUAAAGAAACCAUACGCGUGGGAAAUAUGUACUUGGGCAUAUAUAAUCGCGUAUCCGCGGACGCCUUAAGCCCCUUCCACGCUCCCACGAGAACUCUAAUCACGGCUACUUAAGUUCCCGUUGAAUGUACACGUGUACAUGGAGAACGGGCGCCUCUAUCAGCAUCCGCGUCUACUAUGCGAGUGCACGCCGCCCGUUCUGUGUCGGAGAUCGAAUGAAAUGAUUCGCGCCACUGAGCAUACUUGUUAAUGAGCGAAACGACGCUUUCCACGCUUAAUGGGAUAUAUCGUCGACGGAUAUUUCGCUUGACAUCGACCUAUCUCCUCACGCCGUGGAUUGUCCGAAAAAGAAAAACGUUGCUCCAACUUUUCUUCUCUUUCUUUCGAGCUCUCGAUUUUUCGAAGAAGCAGCAAGAUAGAAAAUCGAAAAUUUGUUCACCUACGGAAAAUAUGUAGCGCAAUAUAUCGAAUAUCCGCGCGACGCUAAUCUUCCACAGGAACAAGAACGAGAAGAGGUGCAAGAAAGACGGAACAAAAUUUCUGACGAGCGAGCGUUUCUUCGAGGCUCGUUGCGGUUACCGAAGUUAACCACGGAUAUCCUAAAUUUCGGUUGCAUAAGCUUAGUCGCAAAAACUCUCCCUCUCUCCCUCCCUCUUUUUCUCCUGUUCCUUCUGAUCCUUCUCCCCUAACCCAGCUGGAUGUCGUCUAAAAGGAACGACAAGGAAGAGAGAGAAAACAAAGAGGAUUAAGGCAAGAGAUCCGCAAGUGGAUGCUGUACAAUCGUACGAUAGAGUACAAGGGACAAAGAGAUCGUAGACACUGUUCUGGAAGGAAAGAGAUCCGAAUAGGGGAGAUAGAAGAUACAAGAGAACCGUAGAACGUAACGAAAAGAGACGAGAGAAACCGAGGAGGAGGGAUCUUGCAAAACAUAACACAGCUGAAGCUGACACAUCCUCCGCCAGUCUACUGGCUUUUCCGGAAGGUAGAAAAGGACGAGCAAAUCUAGACGCUUACUUAGUGACACACGCAGCAUUUUGCUGUCGGGGUGAACUCUUCCCCCCUCUCUCUCUCUCUCUCUCUUUCUUUCUUUCUCCGAAAGCCCAUUCCCUUCCAAUCCCCUCUUUCACCGUGUUAAGCCUCUAUUUCACUCUUACCACCAUUCUCGCAUUGUAUUAAACCAUGGCUCGUGUUGCGACUUGACACGAGUUAUCUUGCCUUCCUUCCAUCCCACUCCCUCCCACAAUGUUCCCCUUUAAGCUUCCAUUCUCUUUCUAUUCCCUGUCCAUCCCUCAUCUUCUCAUAUAUUUUACUCAUAGAAUAGAUAGAACACGUUGGAUUAUUCGGAGAGCGAUUUAAACUACGGGUCACAAAUUUCCCAAGUGUUUCAAAUUGAUCGAUCAUCGAUGUCCACCGAAUUUCCAUCCUCGGUCGCACUAUCGUUUAUCAUUUCGUACCAUUGAAUAGAUGCUAAUAUCCUCACUCACGAUAACAUCGAGCAUCGCGCGUCCAAUCGGCCCCGUAGAUUCCCUGAAAAUAAAUCGUUCGCGAAUACCCUUUAUAUACCCUCCAACAUUUGCCUCUCACGUGUGUCUUACAAACCCCCUUUUAUACGCGAACAGAAUUUCUCCAAAUAUGGAUUUUGACGCGGAGAAGUUCUUUCAAAUCCUUUAUUGGACUCUGUGUCCUCCGUGCGCUCGCCGUGACGAGCCCCUUCCUCGUUUCUGACCUGUUGUCGAGUUUCAAGAUGAGCUCCCUUAACUGUCAGCAACCGUUUUCAACCCUUAUCAGACGCAUCUGAUUCUGACACGCGAUUCGAAUUUUCCGCCUUCCCGUCGCGCCGUCGUCCGGGAUGAUCUUUAAGAUCGUAACGUAGCUUAUUAUACGCGUUCAAGAAUCCCCAACUUGUCAACAUUCACGAGCACGGAAUCCCGGACCACUUGCAAAGGAAGAAGAGAGCGGAUCGUUCGGAGGGGUAUUUUGUCACCUUGUCGGUUAACGAGACGUUUCGCAACGUCUUGCGAAUGUCGUUAAAAUUAACGGUUGAGAACGAUUAUUUAUACACGAGGACGGUUGUAAAUAGGAAGGGGACCGAUUAAAAAGACGAAUCCUCGUGACUUUUUCAGCCGGCGCAAACUAUGGCCACCUUCGCGAUGAGACGGUGCACACAAUAUCUCGAAUUAACGAGGCUCUUCUGUGUAUACAGGUAUUAUUACGACUCUAAGUAAUGCGAUGCGUUUAAGCCCGCAGUUACGCCAGCCAUGCAAAAAUCUUUUGUUUUCGCCCUCAAGCGUUUAUCUGCGCGGCGUUUAAUGACGUAACGUUUCAAGUUUUUAAUUAACGAUUACGAGAUACAUUUACACGCCAGUGAGUCAAUUCUUUCGUCCGUUAAUCUUUUCUUCCUUGCCUAUUUUUUUUAUUUCCUUUUCAAUUUCUUUUUCUUUUCUUCAUUUCUUUUCUUGCUUUUUUUUUUUUUGAAAAUUAUGAGAGCAAAGUUGCAACGGAUACAACAACUGGUCGAUGGCACGUAAAACAGACGUUGCAUACGAUCGUCGCUUACGUAUUUAUAUGCUCGCGAUACUGUGUAACACGAGCGAAAUCAGCAAGAAAGAAAAAGUGGCAUAGUUCUCGCGAGAACAGAUGAUAUUUUUCUCGGUUGGAACUUUUCUUUAGAGACGGUGGACCAAUUUUUCUCCAACCCCAUGCGACCGCAUCAUUCCGUACGCUGAACCGAGCGUUAUUCUCUUGACGGUGAGGCAAAAGCGUACAUCGAAGCUAAUGGCGCGAUUCUCGGCGAUUCGUCUCCACCCCGACACGUUUUUCCUUCUCCGCUUUUCCUUUUUUUUUACCGCUUUCCGCGCCGUAUUUUAAUUUAAACGUGAAUUUCGAAACGUAAAGUUCGAACAGAAAAAUCCCCACGAUGUUUACUCUUUCGCGAACAAUCGAUUCCUUUAUGAUCCUAUCCUAUUUUUACCAAUUAAACUUUGGCCCAACCCAUCGUUUUAUGUAAUUUUAUUUUUCGCCAAAUUACGAAUUCGUGCACAGAUUCCACUCUCUUCGAAACAUCUCAGUUAUCAAAUUGUUCGCAAAAACAAAUACUUCGUUAAAUUCUUAUUGGCAUCAUCUUGUACGAAGACGUAACAAUAUUAUUACGCGAUAUAUACGACGACCUUGAAAAAGAAUCGCCAUUUACAACGCAUUAAGCAAAGAGAUAAGGGAAUAGAUUCUAUGAAAUGCUCCAUAAUCUCUGAAUAACGCCUUUAUGUUUCAUGUGAUGUAUAAAAAUAUCUGUCACUGGCCGAAACGGGAGGGUUUGCAUUAUUUCUCCGGCAACCCGUGCGAGAAACACGCGACCGAUGCACAAGCGGUUCACUUAUUUAUCGUGGCCCCGAGCAAACUGAUCGUGAAACAUGUUGUGAAUUUUUCACGGGAAGAUCGUUCUCUCCAAUCCUCCCUCUUCCACCCCACCCUCCGCUCCAUCCUACCACAUACCUUUAGAAAUUCCUACAAAAGGCGUAACACCAGCAACCUCGAUUCUCGUUUAAAAAAUUGAAAGACUAUUUUCUCCGUGGUUCUCGAGUGCCUCUCGAAAUACACGUCGGUUGAACGGUUGAAGCGGAGCAAGAUGUUGUCUCUGCCGUUGGUGCUUUUACUCUUUCGUCAAUUCUCGCCAGCCAUUGGGUUCAACAUUCUCGGAAUUUGUCCCAGCGCGAGCUACAGCCACCAGCAACCCUUUCAAGCAUUGAUGAAAGCUUUGGCGGCCCGUGGACACAACGUUACCAUGAUAUCAACCAUUCCGUCAAAGAAGUCAAUAAAGAAUUACGAGGACGUCGAUUUGUCGUUUUCCUAUCGAAAACGAGAUUGCACCGGUCUAAGGCACAUGGGGGCGUUCACCCUUUUGCACAAGAACAUGCGAGAGGCGAACGAGUUGUGCGAGGAACAACUGUUCAGCACGGCCAUCACGCACCUAAUUUCAAGAAACAAAACCUUCGACGCUGUGAUUAUAGAACAGUUGUGGUACCAGUGCUAUUACGCCCUCGUCAAAUAUUACAAUUCGCCGGUUCUAAUCGGAUUCUUGAGCGUCGGCAAUCUUCCCUACGUGAUGGACUCGGUUGGGAACCCGGACGAUCCCCUGUUAAAUCCCGACAUGGCUUAUCCUUUCACCAACAAAAUGAGCCUGAACGAGCGUAUUUGGAAUAUCCUCUACACAACGUGGACCAGGAUAUAUUAUAAAUACUGGCAUUUGCCUAGGGCGCAGGAGAUCGUUAACAAGUGGAUGCCUGACGUUUCGAUCGAGGACAUGGAUAGAAACUUCAGUCUAGUGAUAUUGGGAAAUAACCACGUAUUCGGGUACCCGAAACCGCUGCUGCCAAAUGUAAUCGAGGUUCACAGCCUCCAAAUCACGGAAAAAAGCGAAACUUUGCCCAAGGAUAUUCAAGAAUUCCUAGACAAGGCGGAGCACGGGGCGAUCUAUUUCUCCCUAGGCUCGAAUCUGCAAACUCAUCAGCUGUCAAUCGGCUCUUUGACCGCAUUGUACAAGGCGCUCGGCUCUCUCAAGCAAAGAGUUCUAUGGAAACACGGCGAAGACGUGGCCAUUCAUCCAGCCAACAUCAAAUUUGUGAAGUGGGCACCCCAGCAAGCGAUUCUCGCACAUCCGAAAGUGAUGGCCUACGUGAUGCAAGGUGGAUUGCAGUCAUUGCAGGAGGCAGUGCACUAUUCUGUGCCGGUAGUCGCCAUCCCCUUUUUCGGAGAUCAACUUUUCAAUGCGCGUAAAAUUCUAGAUACUGGUAUCGGGCUUACGUUGGACAUCGAUACCAUCACUGAAGAAUCCAUCGUGCAAACCCUUACCAACGUCAUAGAAAAUAAAACAUAUUACUAUAACAUCAAAGCGAUGUCGGAGAUUAUAAGAGAUGAAUUGAUAAAACCAAUGGAUCGUGCUAUUUGGAAUGUGGAACAUGUGAUUAAAUUUUCCAAAUCAAAACAUUUUCGUUAUUACGGUCACGAUAUCCCGUUGAUCGAUUACUAUGGAACAAUAGUAAUCCUUAGCUUGUCUUUAAUUUUGAUAAUAAGAUGCUGUUAUUUGAUAAUUAAUGUUUUUCGAUUUAAAUAUUUCUCGAUUAAAUAUAUAAGAGACCGGAUUAAAUUUUUUGUAAAAUCGAAAUAUUCGAAUAAUUAUGAUAUCCUCGAUAAAAAUAGAUAAUUAUAUUCUAGAAAUUUAUUAUUACCAAGUUCAACGUAUUCUUAUUUUUUUUUAAAUUUUCGAAUGAAUAUUGUUAAUAAUCGUUUGUAAGAAUUCUAUCUUAUUAUCUGUUGUUAAAACAUUCGGAAUGAUUCGGAAUGUUAAAAAUAUCAUCAAUAGAUAAGAACGGAAAAUUUGUCCAAAGUUACCAUCAUACGAGAAAUAAAAACUAUAAUAUCGAC